GGUUGUGAGUGCGACGUGUUUUGUUGCGGGCAGGAUGUACAAAGGAAGAAGAUGCAACUGUCUCUAUAAUAGGACUACUUCAAUUGCUGCGCACCAGUCCUGUCGGCCUGAACAACUUAGGCAAGAAAUCCGUGUGGAAACGGACCAUGCACAGUAAUGGCGCAUUCAGCCAUGUUCCAUUUCGCGGAAGAAGUUGUGCCCUGCGGAUUCCAGAGACAGACAUUGUGGUGCAUUUUAAUUGCUGGAGGAUAACUGUUCCUUGGUGAAGACGUUGCCUGCACACAAGAGGAGCACAGGAGUCUGUGUCGUAGUGUUCCUUUGGCGGGGAUGCGAGGAAUAGACCUGGCGGCCAGGGGCAGCCUCAUGAGCCGGCUAUUUCUCCGGGCAUACCGCGCGCUGCACCGGCAUGUGGUGAAGCAGUGACCUCCUCUAGGGGAAGGAAGGCGAUGCGCCCAGCGGUGAGCACACCGGGUGGACUAGGCCUAAGAUGGGGAGCGUUCUUUUGGCGCUCCUUCUGUCGGUGAUCGGGGGAACCGUGGCCAACCCGGAAGCGAAGCGGCUGUACGACGACCUGCUGAGCAACUACAAUCGGCUCAUCCGGCCAGUGGGCAACAACUCGGACCGCCUCACCGUCAAGAUGGGGCUCCGCCUGUCGCAACUCAUUGACGUGAACCUGAAGAACCAGAUUAUGACAACCAAUGUCUGGGUGGAACAGGAAUGGAAUGAUUAUAAGCUGAAGUGGAACCCUGAUGAUUAUGGCGGUGUGGAGACGUUGCAUGUCCCGUCAGAACACAUCUGGCUGCCCGACAUUGUGCUCUAUAACAAUGCUGACGGAAACUACGAGGUGACCAUAAUGACAAAGGCAAUCCUCAAUUACACAGGGAAAGUGAUGUGGAAACCUCCUGCCAUCUACAAAUCGUUCUGUGAAAUUGAUGUCGAGUACUUCCCUUUCGACGAACAGACGUGUUUUAUGAAGUUCGGCUCCUGGACGUACGAUGGAUACCUGCUGGAUCUGCGCCACAUUUCCCAGUCCUCGGACUCGGAUACCAUAGAUAUGGGGAUCGAUCUCCAGGACUAUUAUCUGUCGGUGGAGUGGGACAUCAUGCGAGUGCCAGCAGUACGUAACGAGAAGUUCUAUAGCUGCUGUGAGGAACCGUAUCUUGACAUCAGCUUCAACAUCACUCUCCGCAGAAAGACGCUGUUCUACACCGUCAACCUCAUCAUCCCGUGUGUCGGUAUAUCGUUUCUUUCGGUGUUGGUAUUCUACCUGCCCUCAGACUCUGGAGAAAAGGUCUCGCUCUGUAUAUCCAUCCUUCUCUCACUUACAGUGUUCUUUCUUCUGCUCGCCGAAAUCAUUCCUCCAACCUCACUCACCGUUCCUCUCCUCGGCAAAUAUCUACUUUUCACCAUGGUUUUAGUCACUUUGUCAGUAGUGGUCACCAUAGCUGUGCUCAACGUCAAUUUUCGAUCACCUGUAACACAUCGGAUGAGACCCUGGGUACACCGUUUGUUUAUCCAGUUACUUCCAAAAGUGUUAUUUAUAGAGAGACCUAAAUCAGAAGAUUCAGUUGAUGACGAAGAAGACGAACUCAAACCGCCAGAAGGAGUUCUAACCGGGGUGUUUGAUGUUCCUUCUGAUAUGGACAAAUAUAUGUCAUAUGGAGGGAAACGGUAUAGCGCGGACUAUGCUAUUCCAGCUUUGCCUCCGUCACGUUUUGAAAUGGCAGCGUCAGGCGAUGGGCCUUGCUUCGGUGACCCCCCACUGCCACUUCCGGGAGCUGAUGAUGACCUCUUUAGCCCUGGAAUAGGAUGUGUCGCCGGUGCAGCGGCAGCAGUGUGUGGGGCUCACGAUCAGAGUCCAACUUUCGACAAACCGUCGCAUGAAAUGGAGAAGACCAUUGAGGACGCUAGAUUCAUCGCUCAACAUGUCAGGAACAAAGACAAAUUCGAAAAUGUAGAAGAGGACUGGAAGUACAUGGCAAUGGUUCUAGAUCGCCUGUUUCUCUGGAUCUUUACCGUCGCCUGCGUUCUUGGCACGGCGCUCAUUAUUCUGCAGGCGCCCUCGCUCUACGACACGACGCGUCCAAUCGACAUUCAGUAUUCCAAAGUCGCGAAGAAGAGGAUGAUGAUGGGUCCUGAAGAAGACUGAAGAUUUCGAAAGUUGUGGAUGAUGGUGCUUCGUAAAGCACUUGCUAAUUAAAUUUCACGCCCUUCUUGUGCUCAUUAGAGGAAAAAUUAUUCACCGUGAAGUUCACAGUUAAAUAUUUUUCUCGAUAUUCCAAACAUGUUCAAUAUCCUCUUUCGAUAAAUGUUAUUGGUGACUAGUUCCUUGAGCAGCCAAAUAAUAUUUUAAGCUCUUCUUGAAGGAUUUGCUACCAAAUUUUCGACCAUUACAAAUUAUCAAAUUUACUUUCGAAAAAUUGGAAAUACACAUUUCCAUUUAUGCCUCAAAUUUAACUGGAUUUGAAGUUGUCGCAGCGAUAACUGUGGAUAGUACAGUCUGCUGGUUAUAACGCCGUGUAUUUCGAAGAGGGAUCGACGUUUCGGAGGAUAUACUGCCUCCAUCUUUAGUUUCGAAGAAUAAGCAAGACAAGAAAACAAUAGUAACAGGAGACAAGUUAGUUUUUCAUAAGCGGUUCGCUUAACUUGCCGCCCGCAUCUGAUGGUUUCUUCCUUCGAUUUGAUUUCGAUACUGAAGAUGGAGGUGAUAUUUUUCUUCGAAACAUCUUAUUCUCUUCGAACUAUACGGACGUAGGCAACGCAGGAGACCUUACUCUGAAUUGAACUUUAUUUGCGAAAAUACUUUCCAGGUGGUCCAGAGAAUUUGAAUAUUUUCUACUAUAUUUUUCUAAGGGGAAUAUUACAGCGUUUGUUCAGACACAAAAGGAGCAAAUAUGUGUGGACGCGUAUAUUUGAAGUAGAGGGAGCAUGUUAAUGCCCACCUGUUAUUAAUUUUAACGGUCAGUAAGACGUGUUCCUGCAUAUUUGAGGCUGAGCGAAAUUAUCGGUUUACGCAUAUGUACAUGACCUCAUUAACAUAAAGUUCUACAUAUUGUUAUUAUCGACUUUGAUAAAUCACAGUACAUAAGAUUACAAAAUUAAAGUGUAUUGUGUUUUGCUUAGUUAAUAAACUCCGUUGUCAGAAACUGCAGGUAAUCAAAAAGUCCUUGGCAUUCAUAUUUUGAACCUAUUAGGAAUACAAAUUAAAUUAAGAGGUAAAUAUUAUUUGAAACACUGCUGCAAGAAAUAAUUUGGUGUUCGAAUGUAGAGUAAGUGCUAAUGUGUUAAUUGAAAACGAAAUUCACUGAAGCACAUAUUUAAGACAAAAACAAAACCUCUGAUUUAAUAUAAUUUUCCUGGGGCCGGCGCGUAAGGCUGACAACCUUACCGCCAUCUGUGAGCCGAUUGUCUAGAU